AAUUUCAAUACUACGCGCUUGGUCCAAUGCAAUAAAAAUUAAAAUAUUAGAAUCAUGCCUCAAAAUUUGGCCGUUCAUGAUUCCCGGCCAAAUUGGGAGAAAUUGACCAAAACUCUAGUUAGUGAGCCCUUUAUCCAUUAUUCCAUUUCCCUUUCUAUUUCCCAAGCUAGAACCGAGCGCCCCUCACAGUGGUCUACCAGAUACUAUCAAUGGGAGUUCAUUACCCUCUUAUUCCCAUUGUGGGGGUACAAAACCUCCCAAUCAAACGGUGGUUAAAAAAUAAAUUGAGUCACGUGGUGUGCACGGGGAACGAGAACGGCGGAAAGGGUCUUGGAAACCACCGGUGUCCUUAUCUAGCAGUUAGAUAACAUCCUAUAAGCGUAAAUCACAAGUCCAAAUACUUGCCUCCGUCUCCGUUUCUCCUUCCAUCAAUUCCAACAAUGGACUCAACACCAUCAACCGAGGUGCAUCACGACGCCCAUCCCUACUUUCGUGUAUACAAGGAUGGCCGGAUAGAGAGAUUCACAGAGUUCCCCUACACCCCGCCGUCAGAGGAUCCCCAAACAGGCGUCAAAUCCAAAGAUAUCCUUAUUCCACCUGAGAAUAACGUUUCAGUCCGCCUUUACCUUCCCAGAACCACCACUCCUGAUGAAAAGCUUCCCAUCAUAAUCUACAUCCACGGAGGUGCUUUUGUGAUUGAAUCAGCAUUUUCUCGUGUAUACCAUCCCUACCUUAACUCCCUAGCAGCUGAAGCCAAGGCGAUUGCUGUUUCCAUCGAGUACAGACUAGCCCCGGAGCAUCCUUUCCCCGCAUGCUAUGAUGAUUCUUGGAUAGCAUUCGAAUGGGUUCUUGCACAUGCUAGCUCUGCACAGGGUCCUGAAGCGUGGAUCAAUAACCAUGCCGAUUUUGCUAGAAUCUUUUUGGCAGGUGACAGUGCUGGAGCUAAUAUUGCACAUGAUGUAAUGGUCAGGGCCAGUGAAAAAAUUGGACCAGGGGAUGAAGUAAAGAUCGCGGGGAUGAUUUUGGUGCAUCCCUUUUUUGGUGAUGGUAAGCCUGAUAAGAUUUUCUCCAGCAUAGCCCCAGAUAGCAGCAUCAGCUGUGAUGAUCCCCGGUUGCAUCCUAUGGCGCAUCCUGAUCUGUUGUCGAGGCUUGUUUGCAAAAGGGUCCUGGUUUUAACAGCGGAGAAGGAUUUCAUAAGAGAGAGAAGUUUGCUUUACUACAGCGCAUUGAAGAAAAGUAGAUGGGAUGGAGAAUUGGAAAUGAUGGAGACUGAAGAGGAGGGACAUUGCUUUCAUCUGCCUAACCCCACUUCUGAGCGUGCCAGGGUUUUGAUGAAACGAAUUGUUACGUUUGUCAAUCAGGACCCCUCGUAAAGGACCUCCCACCAAGAGAUCUAUUUUCAAUCAUUGAAGAAAAUAAAAAGGAGAGAUAGAAGCUAUAGCUCUCCCUCCUUUAGUAGAAGUUUAAGAGAUUUGCCGAACUCCAACUCCAAUUUCAUAACUUCUGUCUCACUUUCUGAAUGUUCUUGUAUAGAAAUUGUUGUAUCCUUAAUCCAACAUUGGACUUAUAUGUAAAUAAUUAUGUAUUGCAAACUGUCAAUUAAGGUUAAACUCAAUUAAAGUAAUCAAAUAUAGUUUGGAUUUAAUGUAUCUAA